CCGUCGUUACCGAGUGAAGUGCGUCUGCUUGGAGCAAAUACCGGCUGAGAGAAACGCCGCAACAAGAGAAAGGAAUAUAUUUCGGGCUCGUUUGCCAGCUCGACUAUCUCCGAGCACCGUGCAUCUCCUCCGGCACAAACAAUUUGACCCGCAACCUCGAUGUGGAAGCUGGGCUGAAGGAAGAAAGGGCCACGCUGGGGAAGGCAACUAGCCGAAUUACCAAACCGAGCUCGCUGGAGUAGCCUAGUUGCCUCCCAAGCGACGCUUUAAAAAGGAAGGAGCGGAUACACUUGGCCCAAACAGUGGUGAAAAUGGACUAUGAUUUUAAAGUGAAGCUGACCGGAGAAAGAGAGCGUGUCGAGGACCUGUUCGAGUACGAAGGAUGCAAAGUGGGAAGAGGCACCUACGGUCAUGUUUACAAGGCGAAGAGAAAAGAUGGGAAGGAUGAUAAGGACUACGCCCUCAAGCAGAUUGAAGGCACUGGCAUCUCCAUGUCAGCCUGCAGAGAGAUUGCACUGCUGCGGGAGCUGAAGCACCCCAAUGUCAUCUCACUGCAGAAGGUUUUCCUGUCACACGCAGACCGCAAAGUAUGGCUGCUCUUUGACUACGCCGAACAUGAUCUCUGGCACAUCAUUAAGUUCCACAGAGCCUCCAAGGCCAACAAGAAGCCACUUCAGCUGCCUAGAGGAAUGGUCAAGUCUCUGCUCUACCAGAUCCUGGAUGGCAUCCAUUACCUCCACGCCAACUGGGUCCUCCACAGAGACCUUAAACCAGCUAAUAUUUUAGUUAUGGGGGAAGGGCCAGAGAGGGGAAGAGUAAAGAUUGCGGACAUGGGGUUUGCCCGUCUCUUCAAUUCACCGCUAAAGCCUUUAGCCGAUCUCGACCCUGUGGUGGUCACCUUCUGGUACAGAGCACCUGAACUACUGCUGGGGGCUCGGCACUACACCAAAGCCAUCGACAUCUGGGCGAUUGGCUGCAUCUUUGCGGAGCUGCUGACGUCUGAGCCCAUAUUCCACUGUCGCCAGGAGGACAUCAAGACCAGUAACCCAUACCACCAUGACCAACUUGACCGCAUCUUUAACGUCAUGGGCUUCCCUGCUGAUAAAGACUGGGAGGACAUCAAAAAGAUGCCAGAACACUCCACACUGAUGAAAGACUUUAGGAGGAACACAUACACAAACUGCAGCCUUAUAAAGUACAUGGAAAAACAUAAAGUCAAACCAGACAGCAAAGCAUUCCACUUGCUGCAGAAGCUGCUGACCAUGGACCCCAUCCGUAGAAUCACAUCUGAGCAGGCCAUGCAGGACCCCUACUUUUUGGAGGAGCCCCUGCCCACCUCUGAUGUGUUUGCAGGCUGCCAGAUCCCCUACCCCAAGAGGGAGUUCCUGACAGAGGAGGAGCCAGAGGACAAGGCAGACAAAAAGAACCAGCAGCAGCAACAGGGAAACAACCACACGAAUGGGGCGGGGCACACUGGCAACCCUGACAACAGCCACGCCCAGGGCCCGCCUCUGAAGAAAGUGCGAGUUGUCCCGCCCACCACUACCUCAGGUGGCCUCAUCAUGACCUCAGACUACCAGCGCUCCAAUCCACAUGCUGCCUACCAGAACCCUGGACCAAGCACAUCACUGCCGCAAAGCAGCAUGGGAUACUCCUCUACCUCCCAACAGCCGCCCCAGUACUCCCACCAGACCCACCGCUACUGAGACACCUCUCUCACUCACUCACACACACACACACACACACACACACUGAGUAUAUACAUAUAUACACACACAUAUAAAUACACACGCAUACACAGCCCUCACAAUGCCCACCUGAACGAAUGUACUGAGGGAUGUGGGGAUGUCCAAGGAAACAAAUCUGCAACCCACAGAGGGCACCUAGUCUGCAGCAGUCUGUUAGCUCAGAAUGACAACAGUCUACACUUCCUCAAGUAACCCCAGUAUUAGAAACACCGCUAUAGAGCAAAACCUGACGGGUGAAACGCGAGGCGGGAGGAUGAGAAGAAUGGAUACUGUGGUGGAAUCCAACCUGUUUCUGUUACUCGGACGUGAUCAAACCAGCCAAGAAAGGAUGGCUUGGUUUGUGGGGGAGACGCAUUUUGUCUGUUGUGUCGUCUCCUUCCCUCUUCUUCUCCACCUGUCUCCACACCACGCCCUACCCUCUUCCCGUCAAAGCUUGGAUGAGACUGUAAGCUGCUAUGUGACUGACAUAGUUGGACAGAUUCCUUGUCCAACUGUGCUUGUGUGUGUGUGUGUGUGUGUGUGUGUGUGUGGCCCUGUGAGGAGCAGAGGACUGAACUGAGCUGCUGUGAAGCAUGCUGGGAGGAUGUGUAGCCCCCACAGCUGUGGCAUUGAGGGUUUUGAGAAAGGACAAAAAAAAAGAUGACAAAAAAAGAUUUUAGUAGUUUAUAAUUUAAUCUGUUUCAUGGUUUUGUUUUCAUGGUAAGAGUGGCAAAGCAGCUUACUGAUGCUCAGCUGCUGUAUGCUGUGGGCAAGCCUUACAACAUGAAGACAAAACCAACCAAUCGCAUGGAGGACAGCAGAUGGAACAUGCAUUGUACUGUAUUGUAUUGAAAUAUUUUACAUGAAGCAAGUAUCCUGACAAUAAAAGUGAAAACGUUUAA